CUCGGAACCGCAACUGCACAGCGGCAAUGUUCACGCAACGAUAGCAAUGAAGACGGAGUUCAAGGUAUGAAGCUCAGCCCAACUUUUCCGCUGCAUUGACUAAUUCUGUUUAGUUCUCCAACCUUUUGGGGACUGUCUAUAGUCAGGGAAACCUGCUAUUCAGUCCGGAUGGAUCAUGUCUCUUUUCGCCUGUAGGCAAUCGAGUUACUGUCUUCGACCUUGUAAAGUACGAAUUGCCCCUCGAAUUCAAUGAAGAUAUACUUACGUCUCCACAGUAACAAAUCCCACACUCUCCCAUUCGCGCAUCGAAAGAACAUCGCACGAAUUGGUCUCACACCGCGGGGUAAUCUCCUUCUAUCGAUAGACGAAGACGGUCGCGCAAUUCUAACAAACGUCCCCCGAAGGAUUGUCCUACACCACUUUUCAUUCAAGGGGGCAGUUACGGCUCUUUCUUUCGCUCCCUCGGGACGACAUAUAGCUGUAGGAGUUGGACGACAUAUUGAAGUAUGGCAUACACCCUCAACGCCAGAUCAAAAUAUCCAUGGGGAAUUGGAGUUUGCGCCUUUCGUGCGCCACAGAGUAUAUGCCGGUCAUUUCGAUACUGUGCAGCACAUCGAAUGGUCCGGUGAUUCUCUAUUCUUCCUGAGUUCUGCAAAGGACUUGACAGCCCGAAUAUGGAGUCUGGAUCCCAUGCCCGAAUUUGUACCAACAACACUGGCCGGACAUCGAGAGGGUGUGAUCGGGGCAUAUUUUUCCAAGGACCAGGAAACUAUUUAUACUGUCAGCAAGGAUGGAGCAGUAUUCCAAUGGGAGUAUGUUGGGCGGCCUAAUGCGCCAGAGUCGGAUAUUAAUGAAAUGAAAGAUGAUGGGGGCGACGAACGAUGGCGAAUCACGGAACGACACUAUUUCUUACAAAAUAAUGCGAAAGUAAAAUGUGCGGUAUAUCAUCCGGAAACGAAUCUAUUAGUGGCGGGAUUUUCGAAUGGGGUUUUUGGUUUGUACGAGAUGCCGGAGUUCAACAUGAUACAUACCCUAAGUAUUUCACAAAAUGAUAUCGAUUUUGUUACUAUCAACAAAACUGGCGAAUGGCUGGCGUUCGGGGCCUCAAAAUUGGGACAGCUUCUGGUCUGGGAGUGGCAAUCGGAGUCAUACAUUUUGAAACAACAGGGGCAUUUUGAUUCUAUGAAUGCUUUGGUUUAUUCUCCAGACGGACAAAGAGUUGUUACGACCGCCGACGAUGGAAAGAUCAAAGUUUGGGAUCUCAAUUCCGGAUUCUGUAUCGUUACUUUUACUGAACACACGAGCGGAGUCACAGCUUGCGAAUUUGCAAAAAGGGGCAACGUGCUUUUCACAUCUAGUCUCGACGGCUCAAUAAGAGCGUGGGAUUUAAUCAGAUAUCGAAAUUUUCGAACUUUCACAGCACCCACUCGACUUUCGUUCUCCUGCUUGGCUGUAGAUCCAAGUGGUGAAGUCGUUUGUGCUGGAUCCCUUGAUUCAUUCGAUAUCCACAUCUGGUCCGUUCAAACUGGGCAACUACUUGAUAGGCUAGCAGGACAUGAGGGUCCAGUUUCAUCGUUGGCAUUUGCGCCAAAUGGUAGUGUUGUUGUAAGUGGAAGUUGGGACCACACUGUCCGAAUAUGGUCCGUUUUCGAUCGAACGCAAACAAGCGAGUCUCUGCAGCUUCAAGCAGAUGUAUUGGAUGUUGCGUUUCGACCCGAUUCGCGACAACUUGCCGUUUCCACUUUGGAUGGUCAAUUGACGUUCUGGUCCGUUUCUGAAGCAGAGCAGCAAUCUGGGGUAGACGGACGAAGAGACGUAUCAGGAGGCCGAAAAAUAGGAGACCGACGAACUGCUGCGAAUGCGUCCGGAAAUAAAAGUUUCAGUACGCUGAGAUAUAGCUCGGAUGGCAGCUGUGUUCUUGCGGGCGGAAACAGCAAGUAUAUUUGUUUGUAUUCAGUUUCAUCGCUGGUACUCUUAAAACGAUUUACAGUCAGCAUCAACUUAUCGCUUUCUGGAACUCAAGAGUUCCUGAACAGCAAACUCCUGACAGAAGCCGGACCCGCUGGUCUUAUUGACGAGCAAGGCGAAGCCUCAGAUCUUGAAGACCGUCUGGAUAAGACUCUACCAGGCUCGACGCGCGGUGGUGACCCCUCUGCACGAAAACAUAACCCUGAAGUCCGAGUCACGGGUUUGGCAUUUGCUCCUACUGGACGCUCCUUUUGUGCAGCUUCCACAGAAGGGCUUCUCAUUUAUAGCCUCGACACAAUUCCUCUCUUUGAUCCUAUUGAUCUUGACCUUGCUGUAACCCCAGCAUCCACCUUGCACGUCCUGGAAAAUGACAAGGACUAUCUCAAGGCUCUCGUUAUGGCAUUCCGCCUCAACGAAGCACCUCUCCUCCGCCGUGUCUUUGAAGCCAUCCCUCAUCCCAAUAUCUCUCUGGUCGUUUCCGAGUUACCCAUUGUUUACAUCCCACGCCUCCUUCGAUUUGUAUCGAUGCGAACAGAAGAAUCUCCCCAUCUUGAAUUCUGUCUUCUCUGGGUCCAAGCGAUAUUAACCUCCCACGGCCAAUGGGUGAGUGAUAAUCGCGGACAGGUCGACGCAGAAUUGAGAGUUGUAGCAAGAGCAGUAGGAAAGAUCAAAGAUGAGUUAAGGAGGUUAGCAGAUGAGAAUGUAUAUACGAUUGAUUAUUUGAUCAAUCAACCUGUAGCCAAGGUUGGUCCUCAAGAUGGACAGAAGAGUAUCACCAAUGGAUUUGGGGGCGAUGAAGAGAUGGUUGACGAUGUGGACGAAGAUGCAGAGUGGAUUGGGUUAGAUUAGGGAGUACGUAUGGGUUUAUCUUUGGAAGGGUAAUUCCAUUUGGGAGUAAAUAUGUAGGCAAUGUUUUUCAAAAGGUUUAAAAAUGAAAUCUCGAAGUUGAG